AUGCUAAAUAAAAAUAUGUUAAAAUUAUAUAAUUUAACUAAAAUAAAUAUUAUACAAUUAUAUAUUACUUUUUUUAUUACGAUUACUUUAGUAAUUUCUUAUGUAUAUGUCUAUAUAAAAUUAUAUAUUUUAAAUCAGUUCUAUGAAUUAUUACUUAAUGCUAAAUUUAUAUUAUUGCAUAUAAUAUUAAAUUUUGGAAUCAUUAAAAUUUUAUACAUUAUUCAUCAAAUUAUAUAUUUUUUAUUAAAAUAA